AUGCCUGGAACCAGUCCUGCGCUGAAAUGGGGCGGCAUCUUCGUCCUCACGUCCAUCCUGUACUUUGCCUUCAAGCUUUACCAGCAGCGGGUCUUUUUUCGGCGAACGGUCAAAAAGUAUAACCUUCCAACGCUACCUGGCCACUCAUGGCUUCUCGGCAACCUCAUCGCCGUAGGCAAAAUCAUGGCCAAGUAUCCCCAAGAUGUCCACGGCCAAUUGAUGCCAGACUUUCUUGCUCGAGACUACCCUGAACUUGCGGAGCUGGGCAUAUGCUACAUAGAUCUGUGGCCCAUCUCAUGGCCCAUGUUGGCGACCUUUCACCCUGACAUCGCGGCGCAGUUUACUCAAGAAACGUCGCGACCGAAGCAUGAAAUUAUCAGAGGUCAAUUUCGGCCCUUGACGGGAUUAAAAGACCUUGUUCUGUCCGAAGGAGCGUUUUGGAAGAAAUGGCGAGCCACUUUCAAUCCUGGCUUUUCAACACAAAACCUCACGGCCCUUGUUCCUGAGUUCAUUGAAGAGGCAUUGAUUUGGAAGAAAUACCUGCAAAAGAUCGCUAAAGAUGAACGUGUUGUCCCUCUUGAAGAUUGUGUUAUGAAGGCUACUUGCGAUAUCAUCGGUCGUUCUGUCUUGGAUAUAAGUCUAGGCAUUCAAACAGGCGUUGACGACAAGAUUUUCCCGACACUGAAAAGCGCAAUCUCACUGCUUGUCACAGACUGGUCGCCACCACAAUGGGGGAAACUUCUAAAUCCUUUCCGUCACUCUCGCCUCUCGUCUCUAAACCGCCAACUUCGCAGUCAACUCCAGCCAUUGAUAGAGGCUCAACUUCAAAAUCACGAACGACAAGAGGGGCCAAAGACCGUAAAUGGCCUCGCCAUCAGAACAUAUAUGAAGGAAUAUGGCCUCGAAGGCACGUCGGGUGGCACUAUUGACCCAGAAUUUCUAGAUGUCACCAUUGAGAAUCUGAAGAUCUUCCUCUUCGCUGGCCAUGACACCACUGCAUCCACGCUUUGCUUUGCUUACAAUUAUCUUUACCAACAUCCUAAUGUCCUAGCUAAGUUGCGGCUGGAGCACGAUGCGGUCUUGGGGACUGACCCGUCUGAUGCAACCAGACGGAUAUCCGAAACCCCGACAUUGCUCAACCAGCUUUCUUAUACCACUACAAUCAUAAAAGAGACUUUGAGAUUAGAGCCGCCAAUUGGAUCUUGCCGAGAGGGCUCUCCGACAUUCUUCCUGAGACAUCCUGAGACAGGACAGCAGCUUCCAACAGACGGCUUCAUCCUCUUCUCAGCAAGCAAGGCCAUCCAUAGAAAUCCCAAGUUCUGGUCUGAGCCCGAUAAGUUUAUCCCAGAAAGGUGGCUUGAUCCUGUCACCCACAAGAAUGCGUUUCGACCAUUUGAGCUAGGUCCGCGGGGGUGCAUUGGCCAGGAAUUGGCGUUGACAGAAUUGAGACUUCUUCUUGCCAUGACCGUCAGGGAGCUCGAUAUUGUGCCUGCAUACAAGGAAAACGAUGAAGUUCUGCUGGGAUAUCAGGCUUAUCAGGCACAAAUGCCUGGAGAGCUGACUGCACAUCCCAGUAAGGGCAUGCCUGUAAUGGUAAGGAUUAAGAAGGCCGGAAAUAGCAAUGAGUAG